AUGGAGCUGCAGCUGAACGUGACCGCCCGCUACACGCCGCAGCGCUCCGAAUGCGUUGGCGACGUCCUGCGGCACUUCGAGAGCCCCACGUGGGUGAGGCUCGUAUUGAGACAGGUGGUGCCCCAGCUCAAGCGGAUCUCGCCCACCGACCCCAAAGCGCUCACCAAGAUGGUGCGCGACGCCGAAAGAAUCGGCCCACCCGCUGGACAGGAGAUCACGUGCUCUAUCUGCAUGGCCAGCUCGCCGCUGUCCAAUUUGGCCACCUCCACGCUGCAGUUGCCGUGCGGCCACCGCUUCCACUGCGGCUGCGCGCAGUCGUGGCUCACACGCCGGAGCACGUGUCCAUUGUGUCGCUUCCAGCUACCAAAGGCGUACGCGGGCACAUUCGCCAUUGCGGCCGUGCAGUCGACGCUGGUUUUGCCGCCAGAGCACGACGGUCUCACGUCGUCAGAACUACUGAGCCGCUCAGUCGGUGACGAGACGCUGCGUGCCGCAGUGAAGAUCACCAUGGCCCGG